AUGUCGUUUGUUCCUAAUUUUCCGCCUUCCCUUCUUCAGCGAGUUAAGGAGGCAGGUGGUAGUGAUGAAAAGAAAAAAAGCAAAGAGAAUUAUAAAAAGAUGAAGGAGUUGGAGGAGGCACGAAAAUUGGCUGUAAUGCCUGCCAUGAAGGAUGAAGAGGGCCGGGACAUUAACCCACAUAUUCCUCAAUAUAUUAUGCAAGCUCCAUGGUAUUACGGGGCACUGCAUCCAACUCUCAGGCACCAGCGCAUUCAAGAUGAGCAGAAAAGAGAGGAGGCCUCUGGGAAAAUGAAGGGGUCCACUUCUCUCAAUGCCUGGUAUAAACGAGGUGCCCCACAGAAGACUAAGGCCCUGAAGUAUCGAGAUGGCGCUUGUGAAAAUUGUGGCUCAUUGACGCACAAGAGAAAAGACUGCAUGGAACGUCCACGUAAAGUGGGAGCCAAGUAUACUGGACUCGAUAUUGCUGCUGAUGAUUACCAACAGGAAGAAAUUCAGUUAGGCUAUGAAGCCAAACGAGAUCGGUGGAAUGGUUACGACCCGGCAGAGCACAAAAAGUUGUUCGAUGAAUAUCAACGUUUGGAGGAGGCUCGCAAGUUAGCGAAAGCAAAGAAACUUGAAGAAAAACUCGCGAAAGCUGCAGAAGGUAAUGGCGGACAGGAAGAACCGGCUGCUUCCGCUGCAAAACCAACCCUGGAUGAAGAUGGUGAUUUAGAUAUGGAUGAUGGUGAUCGUUACGGUGAUGAGCUUGAUAUGCCUGGACAGAAGUUCGACAGCAAACAGCGACAAUCCAUUCGCAACUUGCGUAUUCGUGAAGAUACGGCAAAGUACUUGUUUAACUUGGAUCCGAAUAGUGCCUACUAUGAUCCGAAAACCCGUGCCAUGCGAGAGAAUCCAUUUGAAAAUUCUGGCAAACCCGAAUCGGAGGUUCCGUUUGCUGGUGACAAUUUCGUGCGCUUUGAUGGUGAAGUUCAAGAUAUGGUUCGUCGACAGGUUUUCGCUUGGGAAAUGCACAACAAGCUCGGAUUAGAUGUGCAUCUCCAAGCUGAUCCAACACGCUUGGAGUUAUUGGCGAAAAAAGUUCAAAAGGCAAAAUCCGAUGUUCAGUCACGUGUUCGUGAGGAAAUUUUGGAUCGUUAUGGUGGUCACGAGCAUUUAGAAGCUCUACCAGCAGAGCUCAGACUUGGUCAAUGGGAAACCUACGCAGAAUAUUCUCCUACCGGCCGAAUUAUCAAAGGUGCUGAGAAACCGACUGUGAAGUCUCGUUACGAAGAGGAUACCGUUUGGGGUUCCUACUGGUUCAACGGACAGUGGGGCUACAAAUGCUGUCAUUCCCUGCUAAAGGAAUCCUAUUGCAUGGGUGAAAAAAAUAAAGCUGUAGACAAUCCUGAGGUUCCAGAUGAUCCAACUGGCGGUGCACUGUUAAAACCGCCCCCCAUGCCUUCAGAGGUGAGCAGUUCAGAUGGAGAAACACGAUGUGCUCGUAAAAGUCAGCGUUCUAAUGAUCAUCACCGCAAACGGCCCCGAAGUGACUGCUCAAACGCAAGCAGUCGCUCUUCUUCCUCAUCCUUCUCUUCUUGCACUUCGAGUUCAUCAUGUUCCAGCUCAGAAAAUUCAUCAAGUGACAAUGAGGAGACAUCAGACCAAAAGAAGGCAGUAGAAUCGGCAUCCACAAGUGAACCGGCAUCAGAACCAAGUAAAACUGAGCAACAGCGACUUAUCGAAGAGGCUAAAGCUAGUGUGUUACAAGCGCUCAAAAAGGCUCGGUCCGGUACUCAUCGUAAGAAGCGAUCUGUUAAGAAAACGGAACAGAAACGUUCUAAACGCGAAAAUAAAGGGAAGGAUGAAAAGAAACGUUUCCGCUCCUCCUCAUCAUCCGCAUCAAAUGCAUCUACAGUUGACUUGGAUACACUGCAGGAACAAAAAAUCAAAAAGGCAAUCAAACAGGAGAAAGCUCGUCUGAAACAGGUCGAAGCCUAUUUGUCCAUGGAUGAGCGUAAACGACCGUACAACUCACUGGUUGAGACUAAAGAACCCACAGCUGAGGAAAUGGAGGCUUAUUAUCGGACGCGUGUUAAUCGUGACGAUCCAAUGGCACCCUUCAUGUGA